AUGGGUAAUGCAGCGUUCGCUCAAUGCGCCGUCAAUCGCACGAUAACCGCUACCUGGGUGUGUCGCGAGCAGCGGCUGACGAUGAACUCGUGUAUGCUUGCGCAUGCGAAGCCGGAGGAGGAGGACCGCGCCCGCGAGGAGUGGUUUGCGACGUAUGAGGAGCGGCGGAGGGAGAGGGAUGAGGAGCUGAGGAAGGUGGAGCAGAGGAGGGAGGAGAUUAUUCGGAUGAUGAGGGAGGAUGAGGCUAGGUCGAAGACGAGGUGA